AUGAAGGUGGCCGUGGUGCUUUUGCUGCCCCUGGUGGCCUCGGCGUUUCGUCAGCUGAGAGGUGCCAAGGUGAAGAGACAUUCGCUGGAGCCGACUCACUGCGAGAACAAGGGUAUGGCCUGGACGAAGCAAUUCUGUGGUGUGCCAAGCUCGAAUUUGAGCAGCAGCAAAGUGAUUGACUUCAGUGAUGUCCAGGCAUCUCCCAUCUGCAGCCAGUUCAACCAGGACCGCUACCUCGACGCCAUCUUCAAGGGCAUCGGAACCACGAACACCUACUUCGUGGAGUUCGGAAGCCGUCGCCCCGAAGUCCUGAACUCGGCCCACUUUCGCCUGAACUGCGGCUGGAAGGGCCUGCUCUUGGAUGGUGCCCCCGGGGCCUCGGUCAAUGGACCCUGCCCUGCUUGCCCUGGACAGGACCUGCUCCAGGCAGCCGACGAUGCACCAGUGCGCUUGCGCCAGGCAUUCAUGACGGCGGAGAACAUCAACGACAAAUUCCAGAUGCAUAAGGUGCCGUGUGAGUUCGAUCUCCUUACGGUUGACGUGGAUUGGAAUGAUUACUGGCUCGUUAAGGCCUUGGACUUUGGCCGCUUCCAGCCGCGGGUGGUGGCCAUCGAGUUCAGCAGCUACUUCCGGGGCUCAGAGAGGCAGGUGCGCUCGUACCAGUCCGAUGGCGUUUGGGGCGGAGGGGUCACCGGUGCCUCCUUGGCCGCAUUGGACGGCCUAAUGCGGGCCAAAGGCUACAAGCUUGUUGCCCAGGUGGCCGGCGAGCAUGGCAUUUGGGUUUCGGCCAAGGAGAUGAAUCCAGACGACCAUGCAAUGAAGAUUCCCGAGGUUAUCUCAGAAGGAUGGCAGUUUGGCAUGCGACGUGAUGGUGCUUCUGCAUCAGGCUUCGAGGAGGUUACUGAUCCCUGUGCCGACUUCGGCUGCCAAGAGAAAGCCAGCUCAUGCGACGAAGGCAGCGCUGCAAACAAGGGCGCUAGUUCCAACAAGGGCGAUGGUGAUCGCACCAUCGCGGACUCCAAGCAGGUGCUGGUGAUUUCAGGUACAAUGAAGUUCUUUGCAGUGCUGCUUUUUGCAUCCGCCGGUUCGGCGGCUGCCGUGGCCUCUGGCCGAAGCAAGUCAGGUGCCCUGGCGAAGGACGAUGCGCCGGCCAGCCCUUGGCUAUCUCUUUUGACGAAGAGCUGGGCUCUGCCGGGAGAGCCCCAGGAUGAGCAGAGCAAGGGCCUGGACGCGCUUGCAAGCAACAUCGUCCAACUUGCGAAGAGUCAAAAAGCCGGACAGCCCGCCGACUCCAGCAUGGAGGCCGCCAUUGAAAGUAUCAAGGCGAUCUUGAAAGACAUGCAGGACGCGGUGACCAACGGAAACACUGCCGCCCAGAAGGAAAUCUUGAAGAAGCAAGCCGCAGUCCUCAGCUGUGGUGCACCCAACGUGACGCAAAAAGUCACAUGGGAGGCUAGCCUUAACGUGACGGUGAAAGACGUGAUCACCUGCCGAGAGGCGGAGAAAGCCUACUACGAUGCCUAUCAGUCCUGCAAGUCUGAGGAGUUUCGCUGCUCCAACACCACCGAAUGCUGCGCUGAGAUCAUCCAGCCAAGCCCAUACUGCCUUAGCCCGCCAGUGGGUCCAUCGCCUUUGUCUUUGCAGACCACUUGUGACAGCACGUCCAAGUGCCGGGAGCGGGAUCUCCGAAACAGGCUAGGCUUCUUCGAGGCCAAGCUGAAGGAGUACAACGAUGCCUAUGCCCUCUGCGAGAGCUCCCGAGCAGGCUGCAACGACACCUACGCUUGCCCUGACAAGCGCGGCAAGUGGCAGGAGAAGCACGCGAUCUGCAACAUGAACCAGACGGUCUUUGAGCAGGCCUACUGCAGCCUGGCAACCGGUGUGGAGGCGAGCUGGGAGACCUACUCUAUCUGCUACACGCAUGGCAAGCAGGCGCUUGUGGCCGAGGAGGACAAGCAGGACGCCUUGCUGGCUGGCCGCCGCCAGGAGUGGCGUGGCCUCGCCAGGAUCGAGUGCCUGCUCAGUGCGCUGAAGGCUUCGGACUCGGAGGCGGCCUUGGAAGCCUGCAUCAAGGCGGACCACACGGCCAAGGCCAAUGCUACCCUCACCCUCACGUUCCCUUCCCGAGUUGGCAACGUCACGACAAUGGAGACCUGCAGUGAGAAGCUGGAAUCCCCUGGCACCGAGCUCUUCCAGAAGACAUACUACAAGCUCGUUUACCCGGAGCUGAUUCCGACGUCUUUGACCACCUACCAUUGCGUGUCCGGCGUGGCGACCAGCCACUGCCCCAUCGCCUCCAGUCCUGUGUCUCUGCUGGGAAAGGGCCACUACAUGCCGCGUCCGCACUGGGGCUCUCUGGCCCAUGCUUGA